AUGGACAAGAGCUCCGAGCUCUGGGACGUCUGCCAACUCCUCCUCAAGUCUGGCGUCUCUGCCCUGGAGUCCUCCUCCUCCUCUGCCCUCAAUUACCCCCUGUCCCCCCAUUUCUCUUGCCAGCUCUGGUCACUUUCAGUUGUGCAAGAAGACUCUGUUUUUGAUGAUCUGACUGAUAUGACUCCGAUUGGCGGAUUGAACAGUUGGGCGCGGGCAAUCUCAAGGUGCAGGAGGGAGGCGGCAGUGCUGGAGGCACAGAACAGGAGGCUGCUGCAGGAGGCAGGGAUGAGGCAGCUGUUGCAGCUGCGGUACGACGAGUGCUCCGCCACCUUUGCCAACGGAUUCUUCGGGUUCCGCGGCGUCCUCCGUGAGAUGCAUAACGUGAACUCGCUCCUCCUCACUGUGCUCCUCUCGGGGCUGCUCUACCACCGCCCGGGGGAGGGCUUCUUCUCCAGCCGGCCUCACCGCAGCAGCCACGAGGACGAGCAGCCGCGUAUGCUGCCCUGGAUACUGGCAUCGGCGGCACGGCUGGAGCAGAGCAUGGAGAUGGAGAUGAACCGGACGGGCAGCGGCGGGAGGGCGACGAUAAUGGUGGAGGAGUACAGGAGGGUGAAGGCGGGGAUGGAGGAGAUCCGGGGGUGCCUGGAGGAGGGCGGGAAAGCAGCGGAGGACGACGGAGGACGGAUGAGGGAGAGGGUGGAGGACUUGAGGGGGUGUUUAGGGGUGCUGAGGGACGGGGCGGACGGGAUGGUUUGGCAGAUAGACGAACUCUUCGAUGAGAUCACGGAAGAGAGGAAGAAGAUCUUCCAUCUCUGCGGAUAA